UUUCCAUAGUAAGACCCAUAAAUUCACGACAAGGGACAGUCUGCGCCAACGGGGACAGGUGGGAUAUUUAUCAUCAUGCUGGAAAUCCAGACUUUGCGUGCUAACAGUCAGCUUGCGGCUUCUGAACCUUCUGCUCGGCUCUGAAACAAACACCAAGAUCAUAUUUACUCUAAAUGACGCUGAAUGAAUCCCUCUGCGGAGGAGCAUCUCUGCCUUUGGACAUUUUCAGGACUGCCGUCAUCUUCCUAUGAGAAAUCCUUCGGAAAUCAGUGCAGCCAAGAGGCUUCAACAUGUUUUGAGUAAAUAAAUGUAUCGAACCAUAUUUCCAUAACAUAAAACGAUGCUGGAGAAGAGUAAAUAUAAUUUGGUGGACGACUCAGUGGAUCAGAGGAUUCCUGCUGAUAAUGAUGGGCAGUUCCAGCAUGGGCUCACAUUUGAGGUGAAGUUCAUCGGGAGCUUGGAUAUUGUGCGACCCAAAAGCAGGAUUGAAAUAUUGGCCGCUAUGAGACGAAUACGGUAUGAGUUUAAAAUUAAGAACAUCAAGAAGAAGAAAGUCAACCUUAUUGUGUCAGUGGAUGGUGUCAAGGUGGUUUUGCGGAAAAAGAAAAAGAAAUAUGACUAUAGCUGGGAUGAAAGCCAAAUGACACUGGCCCAGGACCCCAUUUUCAGAAUAUUUUAUGUCUCACAUGACUCACAGGACCUGAAGAUCUUCAGUUACAUAGCAAGAGACAAGAAAAGCAAUGUGUUCCGCUGCAAUGUCUUCAAAUCAAAGAGAAAGAGCCAAGCCAUGAGGAUAGUGCGGACGGUGGGUCAGGCGUUUGAGGUGUGCCAUAAACAGAGUCUAGACAAUGCUGACGCAUGGCUUGUAAAAGGUGAGGAGGAGAGAAGCAAAGACGAAACUUCAGUUGCUGACGGCACCACUGAGAGAUCAGGCAACGCUGGACCGGAGAAAGAUGACAAGGUGCAUGAAGAGCCGGUGCUGGUGAUGGAGUCGUCCAGGUUGGCGUCUCCUCUCUCCAGUCCUCUAUCCGUGAGCCAUCAGGUGCAGCUCCUGCAGAGGCAGUUACAGCAGCAAGAGCAACGGAGUCAAGCCGCCUCGGCACAGGUGGUUCUGUUGCAGCAGCAGCUGUCGGUGGAGACCAGCGCCAGGACGGAGGCUCAGACUAGAGUCCAGCAGCUCCUGCAGCAGAACACUGAACUCCUGCAGCAUCUCUCACUGCUGGUCAAACACGUCCAGGAGCUGGAGCUCCGCACUCAACCACACAAAAACUCCCCCUUGGGAUCUCAAGACAGCCUUCUGGAAAUCGCCCUGCGCACCAACAUGCCUGCUGUAUCACGUGAGCCCAACCCGAAUCCUCCCUCAGGCGCUCGAGAGGGCUUCCCUCUCUCAAACAGCCUGGUUCGGCUCGACGGCUUCUGUUUCUUCUCAGAAUCUUCAGAGCGGGAGAAGAAGCCGGAGCAGGACCGUGACUCAGGACAGGGUCAGGAUGAAGAUCAGUCGGGUGGUUGCUCUCCUCCAGGAAACCAGUUCCUCGGCUCACUGGACACACCUGGAUUCAGAGAGUCCGGUAUCGCCUCCGGAUAUGAGUCCAACACGGAUGAGAGUGAUGACCGGGACAGCUGGGGCCAGUAACUUUGUGCUUUUGAGUGUUUGUUUUACUGUUCCUGCUGAAAAAAACAGCUCACACCAGCAGGAGUAGCACCUAAGCACUUUAGAUUAGUGGGGAGAGUUUUGCAUCGCAGCUUUAGCUGUCAGAAAUAUAUAAAUAAAUACCAGAAUAUAUAAAUAUAUAUUAUAAAUCUUGAAUAGAAUAAUAUAGUUGAGGCCAAAAGUUUACAUACACCCUGCAGAAUCUGCAAAAUGUUAAUAAUUUUACCAAAAUAAGAGGGAUCGUACAAAAUAUGUGUUCAUGAGUCCCUUGUUUGUCCUGAACAGUUAAACUGCCCCACUGUUCCUUAGAAAAAUCCUUCAGUUCUCACAAAUGCUUUGGUUUAUUAGCAUUUUUGUGUAUUUGAACCCUUUCCAACAAUGACUGUAUGAUUUUGAGAUUGAUCUUUUCACACUGAGGACAACUGAGGGACUCAAAUGCAACUAUUACAGAAAGUUCAAAUGCUCAGAAGGAAUAACAAUGCAUUAAGAGCCAGGGAUGUAAACUUUUGAACAGAACGUUGAUGUGUACAUUUUUCUUAUUUUUGCAUAAAUAUCAUAUAUUUUUUUAUGUAGUACUGCCCUUCAGAAGUUACAGAAAAUACUUACAUGUUUCCCAGAAGACAAAAUAAGUUAAAUUUACCCUGAUCUUUAAAGUGCCCCUAUUAUGCCAUUUUAAAGGUUGCUAAUAUUGUUUUAAUGGACUCCCAAAACAGGUUUACAUGUAUGCAAGGUCAAAAAACACUUCAGUUUUCUCCAAAAAUAGAUUUAAUUUUACCCCAUUUCUAAAUGAUUCCUAAACGACUCGUGCGAAGCAGUUCGAAGAAUCAGUCUCUCUAAACCCCUCCUUUCCGUGAGUCCUCACUGCUGUGAUUGGUCAGAUGGCGCAGUCCUUUAUGAUUGGUUUACCGUGUACAGCGUGUCGGAGAACGAAACGCCCAUUGCCAUUACUGAACGACAGCCCUGGAGACUUGUCAAUACAUAGAAAAGAUGGCAUCGAUUUUACCAUAACAAUUCCAGCCAGAGUCUGAUGAUGAAACGGCUGAAGUGGCUGAUCAACAUGUUAACACGGACUACCGUGGAAAGUGCUCGCAAUUUGCUUUUAUAACCGAACCGGGCACACCUCUAUGUUGUAAACUUCAACAUUGAAUAAUGCAUUAAGCGGCUUUCACACCGAACGCGGAAAGCGCUGCGCUGUCGCUGGGUUCAGUUCAGCCCUUCAGAGCGCAGCGGCAAAAGUUCAUUUGAACAACUCAUUUGAACUUUAUCUGCGGCGUGCGCGCUCCGCUGCGCGUCCGCUUUGUUCAAGACCGAAACAAGCUGUCUUCGCGCGGCGGAAGCAAUUAAAAUGAAUGGGUUUCAUAGCACAGCGCUUUCCGCAUUCAGUGUGAAAGCCGCUUUGUGCGCCAUCUUUUAUCAGUACUUAAACUAAUGAGACAGACAGACAGUCAAGCUGCAUCAAUCACAAAUUGUCAGACUACAGUGGAUCCACAGCUGAACAACAGAACUACAGAAGCGUGAUUUAGCCGGUUAGCAUGACAUGUGCAGGGUUGUUACACAACAUAACACAAUUACGUAUUUUGAACAAUCGCUAAAAAAAUACAAUCUUUGUAGAUUCAUCAUCUUUUGGAAGUGAAUAUAAAACAGUUUUACUCACAGCGUAUGAUACAGUCUCUUCCCUAUAAUGUACGUGUAAUUUCCAUGUGACCUAAACCACAUGGAAAUGUAUGGGCGGGCAAGUUGUUCGUGACGUAGAACGUGGGCGGACAUUAUGCAAAUAUGUUACUUCGUGACGUGUGGCCGUAACAGACAAAGAUUUGAAUUCCUGACGACUCGUUUAGGCAAAUGUGAGUCGACUCUUUAUUUUGAUAGACAAUAACUUUAUGUAUCGUGCACUGUCGGCUUCACAACUUUGCAGAUAGUUUAUGUUCACAUACAGCUACAUGGCACACUGCAUGAAAGGACAUAUUUGAAAACGCAUAAUAGGGGCACUUUAAAAUAAAAAAAUAAAUAAAAAUAAAAAAGUUUUCACCCCCCGGCUCUUAAUGUAUUGUUUUUCCUUCUGGAGCAUCAGUGAGGGUUUGAACCUUCUGUAAUAGUUGCAUAUGAGUCCCUCAGUUGUCCUCAGUGUGAAAAGAUGGAUCUCAAACCAUACAGUCAUUGUUGGAAAGGGUUCAAAUACACAAAAUGCUAAAGAAGAACAAAGAAUUUGUGGGACCUGCAUGAUUUUUCUGAAGAACAGCAGGCAGUUUCACUUUUCAGGACAAACAAGGGACUCAUGAACAACUGACUAAAAAAAAGUAACAACACAGUACUAAGAAUCAAGUGUAUGCACACUUUUAAACAGGGUCAUUUUAAUAAAUUCAACUAUUAUUUUCUUAUGUGGUAUUAUGUGAAUGUCUUUUAUGUAAAAUAUAUUAUUCAGGUCAGUACUAAAUAAAAAAUAGCAUGCAGUUAGUAUGGUCCCUCUUAUUUUGGUAAAACAAUUAACAUUUUGCAGAUUCUGUGAGGUGUAUGUAAACUUUCGACCUCAACUGUAUACAUACACAGUACAUGUAUAUAUAUAUAUAUAUAUAUAUAUAUAUUAAAAAAAAAUAAAAAAAAAUAAACUAAAAGAUGUUACACAUCCCAGUGUAUUAAAUUAUGCAGAUCCCAUCCAGCGGGUGUCCAGGUUGUCCUAAUCGCACUCAAAAAAUUGUCACACAGUGUGAAGUUGUGUAAAAAGCAUAGUUCACAGAAAAAUUUCCAAACCUGUGAAUUGUUUUUUGUCCAUAUAAUGAAAGUCAGUGGGGUUUAAUCAAUGUUAUUAUGACCCCCCACUGACUUUCAUCACAUGGACAAAAAAUAAUUUAGACAUUUUUCAUAAUAUAUCAUUCCACUUUUGUGAGUCAUCAAGAUUUGUUUUAAAAUAAAUUUAAUUCUAAAUAAUAAUUAUAGUUUGCAAGGAUGCAUUAACUUGAAAUAAAGUAACAGUAAAGACAUGUGUAAUGUUACAAAAAAUUAAAUUUAUAAUUUACAUAAUUAUAAGUUCUAGCAUCAGCAUAUUAAAAUGGUUUCUGAAUGAUUACUUGACUCUGAAGACUGGAGUAAUGAUGCUGAGAAUUCAGCUGCAUCAUCAUAGAAAUAAAUUGAUAAAAAAAAGAAAUAAAACAUACUCAAAGAUAUUGAGUAUAUCAUUGUAUACAAUAUUACUGUUUUUACUGUAUUUUUCAUCUCUAAUCACCCCAGAUUUUUCAUCGGUAGUGUAUUCUUUUGUAUCCCACAGAAGAAAGUAAGUCAGGUUUGGAACAACAUGAGAGUGAGUAAAUGAUUUUUUGUGAACUGUCCCUUUAAGGCCAAACGCCUACAGUCGUAGCUGGUCACUUAAAACGAGUAAAAAGCAUAUUCUUUUUGUUUGAUUUCAAUCUAUUCUAAGAUGGGCUAUGUUGUUGUCAGCAAUGAAACAAGACUGUUUUUUUCCAUAAAGGGAUGUAUGGACAGACAUAAAUACAUUUAAUGCCAGUUUUAUUUAAAUAUUUGUUUUUAUUGUACAUAUUUUAUACAAUGCUAUAUGAGUUAGGUUGUUGUUGUCUUUGUGGGCAUUUCAUGAUUUGUUCGCCAGUAUUUCUAAUGUAUAAGGCUUGACUGUAUAAUGUUUUGCAGCAAUGCUAAAGUGAAAGAAAUGUUAAACAUGUUAAACUUCAUGUGUGAAGCAUGUUUGACCUUCAGCUGAGCAGCUUGAACUGUUAUACCAAUGUCAGUUUUAACACAAGUGAAAGUAUUUGUGCAAUAAUGUCAUAUGGUACAGUAUAUCAGCAUUUUUUCUUUAUUACUAUCAUUUUUGAAUUUUUGGGAAGACUGUAGCAGUUAAUACUAACACUGUACAUUUAGUGUUCAAGUCUUGUCUAAUGCCUCCUGUGUAGCGUUCAUUUUCCUUUAAAUAAUCUAGUGUUGGUGGAUCUUAGUUAACUUUACCCUUUGGAAAGAAUGAAACUGAAUAAAUGAAAACAUUUAA